UUUCUUUUCGUGUAAAUCGCCCCUAGCGUGCAGCCUGGAGCCAGCUCCCCAGACCCCAGCCUCACUCCAGAAUUGUGACGUCGCCGUUCUGCCACUGCCACUGUCAGUCCUCUCCCACUCCCCCAAAGCACCGGCAAGGCCGUUCCCAGCGACUACCGGCGGCCGCUGCUUCUUGCAUCACCGAGCGGGCUCCCCGUCGGCCGUCGCAGCACGCUCACUUCCACAGCUCACCCCGUGCUUGCCGGCUUGCCGCAUCGCCGACUACCUGAAUCAAGCAGCCACCCGAUGAAUCCUGGAUCUCACCGCGACCCGUUCCGCCAUCCUGGAUUCCCUUCCCCCUAGCUAUCGAUUCCUCUUGUGAACUGGCAUUUCCCUCAUCCCAAGCUCAUCCUAUGGCCUCCGUGCUGCAAAAGGAAGCCACGGUUUAGAUCGAUUGGCCCUGGCUUAUGUCAUCAGUUAGCAGUAGUUGUCUCAUCUCAUCAGUUAGCACUAGUUAUCUCAACAUUUCGCGGCAUCUCACAAGUCGCUAACAUCAAUAUGCAUCAUAGAUCCUGAAGAUACAACUUCAACUGCCAGAUAUGCUCAAUGAAGUUAGAGAAACCCGGCAGGGGAUGGCCACCACCGUACUACCUGAUGUCUUGGUGGUGGAGAUCCUAUCUCGGCUUCCGCUCAAGUCCUUUUGCCGCUUCAAAUGUGUCUGCAAGUCUUGGCUUGCGUUCUCGUCUGAUCCACACUACCGCCAGAAGCUCCCAAGAAUCCCCGCCGGUCUCUUGUACCGAAAACUGGAGCAUGGCACUGCCAUCCAUCUUGCCAGACUUCCCUCAAGUGACAGGGAUAUUGACACAACACUCAGCUUUUUGCCAUGUUAUGAGCACCCCUUAGAGCUUAAGGGUUGCAGCAAUGGCCUACUUCUUUGUCAUAACGGGGAACAUAUGCAUGCAGAAAUUCCCAACGCCAUUGUGUGCAAUCCAGCAACUGCAGAGUGGAUGCCACUUCCAUAUACUCAACCGGGAUCAGCCGUCUCCUAUAAUUAUCUCAAGUUGGGUUUUGAUCCACUAUGGUCCCAACACUUUUACGUGUUCAACUUUCAGUGGACCCCUGCCCCAAAUGGUGGGUACAACGCUGAAGUUAAGGUAUUUUUCUCUGAGGAUUCCACAUGGUCUAGUUGUCUCUGGGAAACUGAACAUGCAUUUUGGGGUGAUUCAGUAUUCGUAAACGGAGUGUUGUAUGUGGAGCACCUAUGGGCGCAUGAACUUCUAGCGCUUGAUGCACCUGAUACAUGCUCACAGUUGCUCAAUGGUAGGACUAUUCAGCUGCCAGGAUUUCCAAAUGGACCAGACGAAGGUUUUUGUUGUCAGGAUGGGUGUCUUUGCCUGUCAUCUGGAGUCUUAUGCUAUGCACAACAAGAAUUGGAUGGCUCUAUGAUGCGAAUCUGGAGUUUGGAAGGCUCUGACAGAUGGGUAGUGAAGCAUCGUCUAAGCAUGAACGAUGUAUUUGGCAGGGAAAUGUUGCUCUGUACUAAUAGUGAAGGAAUGUGGUAUUUUGAUUAUGACAUCCUCGCUGUUGACUUGGAGAGGGAGCUAGUGAUCGGUUUUGACCAUAUUGCUGAUAAGGUCUUCUCAUUUAGCACGAGUACUGGAGAACUGUCGGAGGUUUUGAUUGACAGUGAACCAUGGCUAGGUUACUACUACGUGCCAUACUACAACAAGUUUCCAACUUCAGUGCUUCAAAGGGCUCAAGUUCCCACAAUCACAUUACCUGAUGACCUGGUGGUGGAGAUACUGUCUCGGGUGCCGUUGAAGUCCUUUUGCCGUUUCAAAUGUGUCUGCAAGUCCUGGCUGGCCUUCUCAUCUGAUCCACACUACCGCCAGAAGCUCCCAAGAACUCCCGCUGGUCUCUUGUACAAAAAACGUGAGCUUGGCACUGCCAUCCAUCUCGCCAGACUUCCCUCAAGUGACAGGGACAUUGACACGACACUUAGCUUUCUGCCAUGUGACCCCUUAGAGCUUAAUGGCUGCAGCAAUGGACUACUUCUUUCUUAUAGUGGAGGUAGUACGGAUGCAGAAAUUUCCAACGCCAUUGUGUGCAAUCCGGCAACUGAAGAGUGGAUGAAACUUCCAUAUACUCAACCUGGACCUACCGUCACCCAUAGUUCUCUUAGGCUGUGUUUUGAUCCACUAUGGUCCCAAAACUUUUAUGUGUUCAAUUUUCAGGAGAGCUAUUUACCAGAUGAUGAGUACAAAACUGAAGUGAAGGUAUUUUUCUCCGAGAAUUCCACAUGGUCUAGUUGUCUUUGGGAAUCUGAUGAUCCAUGUUGGUGUGGUUCACUCUUCGUAAAUGGAGUGAUGUAUAUGCAGAACAUUUUGCGGCAUGAUCUUCUGGCGCUCGAUGCACCUGACACAUGCACUCAGUUGCUCAAUGAAAGGACCAUUCGGCUUCCAGGAUUUCCAAGCGGACCAGACCAGGGGUUUGGUUGUUUGAAUGGAUGUCUUCGCCACUCAUGUGGGGUCUUAUGCUAUGCGCAACAAGAAUUGGAUGGUUCUAUGGUGAGAAUCUGGAGUUUGGUAGGCUCUGAUGGGUGGGUGGUGAAGCACCGUCUAAGUAUUAACAAUGUACUUGGGAGGGACAUAGUGCUCCGUACUAAUACUUACGGAUCGUGGUAUUUUGAGUAUGACAUCUUGGCUUUUGACUUGGAGAGAGAGCUAGUUAUCCUUGUUGAGCGAAUUGCUGAUAAUGUCCACUCAUUUAGUCCCCGCAGAGGAAAUGUCCUCCAAUUUAGCAUCAGUACCGGAAAACUUUCGGAGACUUGGAAUGACAGUGAACCAUGCUGGGGUUACUACUACGUGCCAUACUACCGCAAGUUUCCAGCUUCAGUGCUUCAAAGGGCUUGAGAGUCAAGAUGAAUGUUAGCUUCUUGUAUGUGUUACCAAAUGAACAAUGUAAUCUGCAAGCAUCUUUUGUGCACUAGCUCUACCAAAGCAGAUGUUAUGUAUGUACUGGAUUAAUGGUUUCUCUAUGUGUUAUGCUCAUCUAAUUGGUACUUCUCA